AUGAACAGUUUGGUCUAUCUCUAUGACUUGCAUGCAUCAGACAUCUACACAAAAGUAAGUUGAACCAGUAAACAAUAUCACGGAACCUAAUUUUCUUUUUUCCCUAUGCCAGUGUAUCAACUUUUUUUAUCUGCCGUGUGUCAUUUGUGAAGCAUUUUCAAGAAUGCUUUUGAGCUGUGCCAGAGCACAAUAAGAGCAUGACAGCAUUAUCAUUCUAGAUAAAUGGAUGCCUUCAGAGGUGUGCCUACUUAUCUGGCCUGUAUUAAUAGGGCGGGGGUUGAUGCAACAUAUUAUCUCUCUUACUUUAAAUUACUUCAUUACAGCUGGUAAGGCACAGCUUAAUCGAGCCCUCUAUUUUGUGGCACAGAGCAUUUUAGACCAUAAUCAAAGAUCCAAAUUGCAGAAAAGCAAGGGAGAGGGGUAGCAGGAAUUAACAAUGUCAGAUGUAAUUGUGCUUUCAUACAUACCCUCACAAACCAACACACAAAAUUAGAGCAUUUCUAGCUUUUCAAAUAUAUUAAAAGCAUUUCUUGCCUGCUGUAGAAACAAAACAAAGGUUUUUAUUGACCAUGAUGGUCCAUGGGUGGACAAUUCCAUGAGUACUAAGACAAAACUACAAGAGGGUUAGCAUGGAAUAAUAAUAAUAAUAAUAAUAAUAAUAAUAAUAAUUUAUUACUUUACCCCACCCAUCUGGCCGGGCCUCCCCAGCCACUCUGGGCAGCUCUCAAUAGAAUAUUAAAAACACAAAAACAUCAAAUAUUAAAAACUUCCCUAAACAGGGUUGCCUUCAGAUGUCUUCUAAAAGUCAGAUAGUUUCUUAUCUCCUUGACAUCUGAUGGGAGGAUGUUCCACAGGGCGGGCACCACUACCGAGAAGGCCCUCUGCCUGGUUCCAUAUAAUUUCACUUUUCACAAUGAGGGAACCACCAGAAGGCCCUCGGAGCUAGACCUCCGGUAUACAGGGCUGAAGCCAUUUAGGGCUUCAAAGGUUAAACAAUUAACAUUUGCACAUAUUUGAAUAUUUGCAGGAAGACUGCCUCAAUUUUACAGACAGGAAACUAAGGGAUUUGGAGGUGGGAGAAAAAUCAAAUGAAUUCUGUUAGACACUUACAGCAAUAUACCACUUGAAACAGUCACAGCUUCCCUCAAAUAAACCUGGGAAGGGUAGUUUGUUAAAGGUUCUGAGUUGCUAGGAGACCUUUAUUUCCCUCACAGAGCUAGAAUUCUCACAGUGGUUUAACGGCCAACCCUCUUUUUCCCAUGGAACUCUGUGAACUGCAACUCUGCGAGGGGAAAAGGCACCUCCUAGCACCCUUAGUAAACAACAUUUCCCAGGAUUCUUUGAGGAAAGUCACAAUUGUUUAAAAAGUGGUACAGUGCUGCUUUAAAUGUGUAGGACAGAUGGCGCGAUAGUUGACUGGGAGUUCUUGCACAACAAGGCUACUUCCAAAAAGGUAGGCUUUUUUAUGGGAUAAUACUUGCUCUGAUGCAACGUCAUCUAACCUCCCCACAAACAAAUCAGGAUGAAUCCGUAAUACACAUGUGUCUAAAAGCACCUUAACUGCAACACUCUUCAACGGGCUUGAACACCUCAACUGCAAACUCAUGUCUGAGUCCAGAAAGCCAUCCAGCUUGGGGGGGCAGGCUUGGAGGGGGGCUUAUUGUGUUGUUUUUUAAUUUUGAUUAUAUGUUUUGUGGUUUUAUAUUUUGAUUUUGUUCUGUGAACCGCCCUGAGACCUCCAGGUAUAGGAAGGUUUAUAAAUUCAGUUAAUCAUCAUCAUCAGGCAGAAAGGCAGGGAAGUCAACUCUGAAGUAGACCAGCAGCAACAAAAUAAGAACCAAAAAAUAAACCAAGCAUUGCCAAAUUCAUUCACACACUCUCGCCACCCCCAUGACUCAAAGCCUUUCACAAUUCUCAGUUCAUUGAAAGAAACAGACACAUAAGGCCCAUGGCAGCAACCCCGUCCUGAAGGCUCCUUGAGCAGUAUAGCAGAGAUGAAAUCAACCACCUACUGUAUUGGCCCGAAUAUAAGCCACACCCAAAUAUAAGCCACAACUUUAAAAUUUGGGAGGGGGGAGGAGGGGGAAAAGACCAUCCCCAAAUAUAAGCCGCUCCCUUAAAAUUCCACAGGCACUCACCCCUUCUGUUUUAUCAUAUGUCUGUUUCAGCAGCGAUAUCAUAAAAGCCAAUUUUUGUAAGGUCGCGAAUAUAAGCCGCACUUUAACUUUUCAUGGUUGGAAUUUUUGGGGAAAGUGAGGCUUGUAUUCAGGCCAAUACGGUAUGAUGACAAAGUGGGUGGGUCCUCAUCAGAGGGUCACAAAAGGGGUUACAGCCAGGGCAUCAACAGUAGCGGCACUGGGUGACAGCAGCCGCCCAUCGCACAGGCAAAGAGUCAAGGCUGACAUGAGAACCUCUAGUCAGGCCAAGGCAGUAGACAUUGGCUACUAGGAUGAGGGUUGAGCCAUGCUUAGGGUACAUGAAAACCAUGGUCCACCACAACCAACUCAAUCCACAGUCCUUUGGAUGCCAGCUCAAAACGGAUUCAAUCUUGUAUCUUCAGGUUUUUUCCCCUUCUCCUCUUCCUCUUCCCCCAUCCCCAUGGGUGAAUACUGAUAAAAUCUCAUUGGAAUCAGAGGUGCAGAAGGAGACGAAAGAUUCCUUUCUCGCUGAACCUAAGGAAAGACCCUCAAAGUAAAUGUGAUCGUGGCUUUGGCACCUGGGAAGGCAAGCACGUUCAACUGAUCACUUAGCAAAGGUUAAUGCUGGCCGUCACUGGAACAAGCUGAUGAAGCCAUGAUUAAUAUACUCCGUGUUUGCAAGUGCAAGCGCCCUGCAGAAAAUACAAAUAAAGCAAAGGGAUUUUUCAGGGUGAUUACAUUUAAAUUUCACAGUUGAUGAAGCAAACCCAAAAAUCUCUUUUUGCACACAUGCUAGUUAAAGGCUCCUGACAUUUAACAAGUUGUCUAGUGAAGUAUAGCGGCUAAGAAACUGAGCUGGGAAGUUCGUGAUUCAAGUGUCUCCACUCACAUGAGCUCAGUAGGUGGCUUUCAGCAACUCAUCGCCUCUCAUUUUAGUCUGCCCUCUCCACCUGUAUUAUCGAAUUCGUAUUAGUGGCCUACCUUGCAGAUAAUUCUACAGGAAGUGCAAAGGACACUCAAAUGUGCUGUACAGUGGUACCUCGGGUUAAGUACUUAAUUUGUUCCGGAGGUCCAUUCUUAACCUGAAACUGUUCUUAACCUGAAUCACCACUUUAGCUAAUGGGGCCUCCUGCUGCCACUGUGUCGCCGGAGCACAAUUUCUGUUCUCAUCCUGAAGCAAAGUUCUUAACCCGAGGUACUACAUCUGGGUUAGCAGAGUCUGUAACCUGAAGCAUAUGUAACCCAAUGUACCACUGUACAUAAUCCCCCCCAACACAUCAUAGGGAUGCUGGCUCCAUUGGUUAAAGCACGGUGCUGAUAACCCCAAGGUUGCAGGUUCAGUCCCUGCAUGGGACCGCUGCAUAUUCCUGCAUUGCAGGGGGUUGGACUAGAUGAUCCUCAGGGUCCCUUCCAACUCUAUGAUCCAAUGUCAAAAAAUUAACAAGUUUCUAAACUUGAGGCCCUCUUUGAACUUGAGGAUCUGGACUACCGGUAAAUGCUUUCCUGGCCACUCCCUGAUAGGCCCUGAGUGUCCCUUGAAAAAGAGGGAGAAAGAUGGAAAUGUGGGAGGUGGGUACUGUCUGUACUUGAGCAGCUAGGAUGCUGCUCUUGGAAGUGAUAGUUUGGGAUGGGGGAACAUGUACAGGGAGGUUUAAAGUUCUCCCUUCCCUCACUAAACUCCACCCGUCAGCUGUAUGCCAAUGCAACUCCCAUGCUGAGAACCGGCUGCCAGCUCCAGCCCUGAGCCUUUUGCAAUAUAGAGCACAAUAAAGCAAAGGAGGUGGAAUAUGCCAAACACCACCCCAAGGCUCCUAUCCCAGACUGGCUGGAGCCCUAAACAGGAGCUAUGCUGUUAGACUGGAGGCCAGGGAAUUCACUGCAACAUCUUGUCAAGAUGGAUUCCUCACUCCCAUAUAAACUUUCCUUCUUCCCUCAAAGCGCAAGGUGACGCAAAUAUUCCUUUUGGAUAUUAAGCACUUUUUAAUUUACAGCAAAACUGAAACCUUCUUCCCCCAAAUAGCUGCCUUGACUUUCACGGCGAAGUAGAUGCCAUCGUGAAUUAAUUUAUAUGAAGGGCGGGUUUAUAACUGCUAACUUAGCAUCAUGUCUUACAACAAUUAUUUUUUAAAAAUCUUUUAAAAGCGGGCAGUAAAUUUAAGUGCUUUUUAACAGCUGGCUUCAAAGGCCAUCACCCCAUAUCAGAUAUUCAGUAAAUCCUCUACUGAGACAGUGAGUGGUUACAUCAUGCCAAAGACUGUUUUAAUUGUUCGAUUUUGAAAUAAAACGCCAGGUGUUAAUUGAUUUUUUUUCAUGAUAGCUUUUAGCACUGUAGUUAAUAAAAGUUUUGGGCCUUCUAGCCAAAUACUUAAAGCAUUAAUACUGAGAAACUACAGUGAAUUUGGGGGUUAGGCCCUAAUCUCUAAAAUGUCGUCUGUAUGGCUGCCUGUCUAUUAGUUGUAUACCUGAAGCUUCCUACAAUCAUCUGAUGAUAACUAGCACGCUUGUUUUUAAUUGCAUGCACUCUUUACCAUUGGACUGAGAACAAGCUGCUUCCAUAGGAUCUAGUAGCUGGCGCACUCAACUAAAUAAUUUUAGAAACCUUAAUUAAAAUAUUGGUGUAUAAACUGCUCUCAGAGAAAACCUGCUCACAUUUUAAAUGAAGCAAAUAAUUUUAGGGUAUGCUCCUAUCCUAUGCUGAGGAUGCACCAGCAAUAAGUGUCAGCAGUGCUUUUUUUCCCCUAAAAAAAAAUUGUGUAGGGGUACUCUCAUUUUGACUCAAGAAAAAUCACCAUUUUAUAGUUCAAAUCAGGAAAAAUAAAUACAGUAAAUGGACAAAAGUACAAAGAUUCACAAAAUGUUUAGGGGUAUACGUACCCCCAGAAAAAAGCACUGGGUGUUAGCUCCUGGAGGCUGAGACACUUCCCCCGCCCCCCUUUUUUUAGGGGGCGAUGCCCUCUCAGUGUUCAGAAGGGUUUUGGCUCCACCCCCUGGCUCCUCACAACGUCAUAUGUGUGGUGUCAGGAUGUUGCGCAACAUCAUGUGCAUUAUGUGAGGACAUCGUGUUGGGCCCAGGGGUGAAGGAAGGCUAGCCAGCACCUGGUGUGGGGUGUCAGGGGCGGGGCAAACUGCCCAGUGGCACAUGCAGGGUGGUUUGCCUACGGUGCCGCUUGAGCCCUGUAUGGACAGCAGCAGGAUCCUCCGCACGCGGCGGUGGCGCGAUGGCGGCUGCUUGCGCCACCACCGCACCUGGCGGCAGCAGGGCAAGCCCCCUGCAGGGUGCCUUCUUGUCUCCCCCCUCAGAGAUAAUAAUAAUAAUAAUAAUAAUAAUAAUAAUAAUAAUAACAACAAUAAUUAUACCCUGCCCAUCUGGCUGAGUUUCCCCAGCCACUCUGGGUGGCUCCCAAUCAAGUGUUAAAAACAGUACAGCAUUAAAUAUUAAAAACUUCCCUGAACAGGGCUGCCUUCAGAUGUCUUUUCAAGAUAGGAUAGCUAUACGUCCCUAUACCGGGGUCCCUUCAGGUGUCUUCUAAAGGUUGUAUAGUUUCCUAUCUCCUUCACAUCUGAAGGGAGGGUGUUCCACAGGGUGGGUGCCACUACUGAGAAGACCCUCUAUCUGGUUCCCUGGAACCUCACUUCUCGCAAUGAGGGAACAGCCAAAAGGCCCUUGGUGCUGGAUCUCAGUCUCCAGGCUGAACGAUGGGGGUGGAGACGCUCAUUCAGGUAUAUAGGACCGAGGCCGUUUAGGGCUUUAAAUGGCACCUGGAGCGAACUGCCCCCCCGCCCCCUUCCUCCGCCACUGGUUGGGCCCUCUCAAUCAUCUUGAGAAGCUGGAGCCGGAUGUUGUUGGCCAGUCAAUAAGGAUGGUCUAGGAAACUUGGAGGUUCCUCUCUCUCUCUUCCCUUUCCCAGGCAGACAUCUCAGUCUCCUGUCCAAGCUGAAUUGCAUCACAACACUUCCAACACCUUCGCCUGUGAACCCUUUCUGUUCUCGUGGGUUUGCUAAAAGGAGCGAUGAAAUGUUCUCCUGCUGAGCAUCUGUGUGAUCUUGUUGUGUUACUGCCACUUACUGGGAUUCAAGCGAGGCAGAGCUCCGUAAGCCAGAGCGGCUCAGAAACUUUGCCCAUCCAUUCCCCCUUUAUUAACUCUGACUGCCCUCGCUGCUUUAGAACUCACUUAUCACUCCCAAGGAUCAACUUGGAUGCUGUACUAUAACACAAUUUAUUCUCUUGGUGACUGCAUUUCUCUCUGAAAAGCACAGGAAUGAAUGAACAUGGAACUCUAUUAGGCCACAUCAAAAGCACUGAACAUCAUCAGGAAACAAGGUAAGGAUAAAAUGAAACCAUUUCUUAGGGACCGAUAAAAUGACUUACUCGAGUCCCAAAGACUAAUCCAGACAACUUGCAAUGAAAUGCACUAGAACUCCCAACAGCUGCAGCUGACAAGUUAGCAAUAGUAGGGUAUUUUGGUGGCAUUUGUUUUAUGCAUUUUGUAUUCCCCUAUCCCAGGGGAAGGAGGAAAUAUAUUAAUUGUCAGUGAAGUGAAGUUUACCUUACCUGAUAGGCACUCUGUUUGCAGUUAUGUAUGUUGGCUUGCAGUGUACCUACUGCACCUUAAAACUGAGAUACCAGAAUGAAAUUUUAUACUGUAUACGAGCUCAAGACAAUAUUCUGUCCUAGAAUAAAAUACUAGAUCAACACACUCCACAUUUCAAGGGGCAGAGGAAAAGUCACUAAACACAUUGCAUCAGGUGGGAGCUGCAACUAAAUGUUGCGUAUGGAAGCGCUUGUUUUUCAUGUUCCAGCUAACCAGGAAAGCCCUUUUCCAGCAUACUUCAUUCCAUUUCCCCUCCUUUGCCAUUUUCCAUCCCUCACAACAGCAUGUUCAGUCCUUACUGGACUGUAUUGGGGAGAUUCUUCACUCCACCCCCGUUGUUUCCCCUAAAACCUUUUUCUGUAUUUGCAAACCUAGGGGUUCCAGUCCCUCUGAAUGUGCUAAUGCCUUUUGGCUAUGUAUCAUAACUCAAGAGCAUGAGUUAGCUAUUCAUAUAUAAGUUUGAUGAUAUGGCAAUGCCUACUCUAAAGAGGGAAACACUGGAGUGAAGUUUAGUGUGUGCAUUCAGGUCACAAUUCUAUGUAUAAAAGCAAAGUGUUAGUCCAAAAGCAGGGAGGAAACCCUCCAAAAUCCUCAAUUAGUACUGACCAAAAUGGCGCAGAUGUCUUAUCAGGCAAGACGUUCAAUAUAACGAGUCAACCUGAGGCAAUACUAAUACUAAUCGUAAUCACAUUUGUACCCCACCCAUCUGACUGGGUUACCUCAGACACUCUGGGCGGCUUCCAACACACAUAAAAACAUAAUGAAACAUUACACAUUAAAAGGCUUCCCUAUACAGGGCUGCCUUUAAAUGUCUUCUAAAGGUUGUAUAGUGACUCAUCUCCUUGAAAUCUGCUGGACGGCUUCCCACACGGUGGGCGCCACUACCGAGAAGACGCUCUGCCUGGUUCCCUGUAACUUCACUUAUUGUAGUGAGGGAACAUCCAGAUGGUCUUCGGUGCUGGAUCUCAGUGUCUGGGAUGAACGAUGGGGGUAGAGAUGCUCCUUCAGGUAUACAGGGCUGAAGCACUUUGAAUUUUGCUUGGAAAUGUACUGGGAGCAAUUGUCUCGGGCACAGGGAAGUUGUGAACUGGCAGCAGGGCAGGAAAUUUGCUUGCCUCCUUAUUACCCACAUGCCUGACCGCCAGCCUGCCUUCCUACUCCAGCUAUAGCCAGUGGCCACCCACCUGACCAGGCUCUCUGCUGCCUCUUCCACCCUCUCACUGCCUUGCUCCAAGGGAGGACAGCAGCAUGUGCUAAAACCCCUGUUUGACCCCUGCGCACCCAUCUUCAGAGGUGGGUGGGGAAAUGUAAAAUGUGUUGCAUUUUAAAAGGCCUCUCCUAGUACAGUGGUACCUCGGGUUAAGUACUUAAUUUUUUCCGGAAGUCUGUACUUAACCUGAAACUGUUCUUAACCUGAAGCACCACUUUAGCUAAUGGCCGCCGUGCCGCCAGAGCACGAUUUCUGUUCUCAUCCUGAAGCAAAGUUCCCAACCUGAAGCACUGUUUCUGGGUUAGCAGAGUCUGUAACCUGAAGCGUAUGUAACCCGAGGUACCACUGUAUCGUGACAAGUUCUGAUGGCAGAAAUCCUCUCCUUGGCCUGUAUUAAAACUAUGCUUACCACUAAUGCUUCCCAUACAUUACAGAGCAAAUGAGAGGGAGAAAUGUAAUUAGAAAUUAAAAUGUAAGAUUCCAGUAUUCACACAGGCAUAUAUAUCCAGGAUGUUUACAUUAUAGAGCUAGAGGGAAACAGAUGCACUUAAAAGCAUAAAUGGUUUUCCAAAAUGCAAAUUAGUAGGCAGCUUGCACAGAGCAGAGCUACUUGAAGCCAAUGGGAUUCACGCACCCUAACGAGGCACAGGAUUGCACCCUCUGUUUUCCUGCCACCCUUAAAAGGGGACAGGGACAGUCUGUAUUUAAGCCCCUUCCGAAUUUCUGAGCUAGUGCUCUCAUUCGGACCUUUUUUCUUUGAGAGAAUACGUCAUCAUUUAUUCUAUUAGAAAAUAAAUGUAAGGAUAUAUUGUGGAAUUUGCAUUCCAUUACCUUGGUUUGCAUGCCAUAAAACAUUUAUUACACCCUUGGGCUACAGGCUUAAUAAUGACUGGGUGAAAUGCACUAAUGUGGUAUUGGCCUUGCUAUAGAACAAAAGAUUAAUGUUCUUUGAUGUCACCCAGCUAAUAGUUGGGCUCACCAAUUUGUCCCUUCAAAAGACAUUACAGUCAUUGAGACAACCCCACUAAGAAGAAAGGAAGCAAAAGAAGACUGAAGUCGAGCCAUAAACUGAAGCUCCCUGAAACUAUGUAAAAGUUUACAUGGGAUUUUUCUAUCCAUGAAAUAAAUAAAGGCCUAGUUUAGAUUAUACUCCCCACCCCCAAGCAUGGCAGCGAAGUGAGAUGUAAGCUCUCGCCCCAUCCACUCAAUGCACCUCUCCGGCUUCAAAGACCACACGUGUGGGGAUCCAGACACCCCUUUGAAAUUAAGAGGUAUAUUCUUAUGAGCAGGAGAAUUUGAUGGCUAUAUUGGAAUUUUCAGAUCUAUAGACAGGCUUGAGAUGACAGUGAUAGUCCCAGAUCCUCUCAGCUUCUUGUCAUAUAAUUAAAUUUAGUUGCUUCUUGUAAAGAUAAAGCUGUGUAAUAUUUUUUUCCAUGCUGUUUCUCCUCAGAAUGCAAGAGGAAGAAACUUCCAACAAGAGCAUCCAAAUCCGACAUAUAUGUUUCUCAUAA